GUUCAUUUAUAUUUUUGUAAAUUAAAUUUUUAAUUAAAUACAAUUUUUAUUUCUAAGGUUUUAAAGUUGAUCAUUGGAUUAAACUAUCGUCUGAAGUUUAUUAAAACUUUUUAAUCGUACAAUAUUUAACUAAAAGCCUGUAAAAAUGGCCGAAGGCAAAGAAAUUAUUCACCUCCACGAAUUACUGGCCAUUGAAAGUAAUAACGUUUGUUUUGAUUGCGGAUCAGUUGGUCCAACAUGGGCAUCUUUAUCUCACGGAAGUUUCAUAUGUCUUACAUGCUCGGGAAUCCAUAGGGGAUUUGGGCUUCAAAUUAGCUUCGUGAAGAGCAUUACGAUGGAUUCGUGGACCUCUAGGCAGCUUCAAUACAUGAAACACGGUGGAAACGCCAAUUUAAAGGCAUUUUUUGACGAAUAUAAGAUAAUGGAUUUGCCAAUAACAUCCAGAUAUAAAACAGAAGGAGCAGCUUACUACAGAAGACGCCUAAGAGCAAUUGUCGAUGGAACUCCAGUGCCCCCAGCACUUGAUCCUGUUGUGGCAUUGCAGCCUGAAUCCCAAAUGUCUGACUACUAUACAAACACAUCAACAGAAUCAGAGUCUAACCCCGGAGAAACAAAGAAAAAUUAUUCGAAAAAGAAGUUGCCAUACUCAUCAAAUUUGAUCCACUCAGAUGUAUUUAAUUCUCUAGGAACCACAUUCGGGUCUUUCGUUCAAACAGCCUGCGCUAACGCAGAAAGAGCAGUAUCAGAUAUACAGUCAAGUCAGGUUUUUGAUAACGCGAAAGGAGUAUUUGAAAGUGGGAAAGUGUGGUUCAAAGAUAAAAGUAAGAAAUUAGCCUCCCAAGUACAGGACCCGGAAUGGUGGGAAGAUAAAGAAGCAAAAGCAAAAGUAGGAGCACAGAAGUUCGCAAACCAAUUAUCACACGCAGCAAAUAACGCAUCGGAAUGGUUCCAAAGGCUUGUUACAGGAAUACCACCCACCCCUACCUCUCCACGCACAACAUUUGAGGAUUCUGGUUUUGCCGCCAGCAGUGGACCGCACAGUAAUCCGGUAGGUGUGAGUGGAGGAGCAUCACUUUGGAACAGCCAACCGAAGGAUUUUGACGAAACAGAUCCCCUAAUGAGUCAUUUUAAGAAACCUAGCUUCAAGUGAUUUUGUACCCUUUAAAACUUUACAUAUAAAUAUCUUUAUCAUUA